UAAGUGGUAUUAUUUCAGAUAUUUGUGGGAGUGGUUUCAGUGCGAUACUGGCUGGAAGUAAGCUAUCCGCGAUGGCUGAAAUGACAAAAGAAGACUUCAGAAAACGAUAUGAAUCGGUACUCGAAUCAGUUCUAAGUUGCGACGUGUUGUCAACAGACACAAGACUAUCCGAUGUUCUGGAACGAUUAAGAAGUCUCUUGGAUUACACUGUUCCAGACGGGAAACUAAACCGAGGCUUAGCCGUAGUCCAAACAUACCAGCUCAUCGAGAAUUCGAGAACAGACAUUAAUGAUGAUGAAAAACAAGCUUUGAAAGAGCAAGCGAUAUACGUAGGAUGGGCUGUUGAAAUUAUGCAGGCGUUCUUCCUAAUUGCCGAUGAUAUGAUGGAUCAUUCUGAAACAAGAAGAGGCAAACCUUGUUGGUAUAAAGUCCCAUCUGUUGAUCUAGACGCUAUAAAUGACACGUUCUUCUUAGAACAGAUCGUUUACAAGUUGAUCAAAGCAAAGUGCCACAAACUGCCUUGUUAUCCAAAGAUUGUUGACUUGUUUCACGACAUUGUAUACCGAACAACAAUAGGCCAAACGAUGGAUUUGGUCACAGCGCCCGUUGGUAAACCCAAUUUGGAUAAGUUCUCAGAGGAGCGCUAUUUGAGUAUAGCGACCUACAAGACUGCCUAUUACUCAAUAUACUUGCCAAUCGUCUGUGCUGUUUUACUGACCGGCCUUGACUCUGAGAAGUUGCUGAAGAAAAUUGAAGAAAUAUCCAUAGGAUUGGGAGUCUAUUUUCAAAUUCAAGAUGAUUUUUUGGAUUUAUACGGGGAUCCUGCAGUUACUGGAAAGAUAGGUACUGAUAUCCAGGAUAACAAAUGUUCUUGGCUGGUAGUACAAGCCCUAAAGCAUUGCAGUAAUAAGCAAAGGGAUAUUUUGAACGAAAAUUAUGGAUAUUUCGACGACUUAAAAAUCGAAAAGGUUAAAGAAGUUUUCGAACAGCUUGAUUUGAAGUCUAGAUUCAGAGAGUACGAGGAUUCAAGUUACCAUAAAUUGAUGGAAAACAUUUCAAAACUCGAAAAUGAUGGCGUAAAAAACGCGUUCGAAGUUCUAAUAGCAAAACUCUAUAAACGGUGCAAGUAGAUUGCCUGUUGUUGACCUAAUUUAUUUAUCAAGUCUUCAAAUGUGUAUCAUGAUAAUUAAUAGAAUGAUUUUUACUUU